GACCCCAUUUUUCGCAGAGAGCACACCCCAGAGCACCACCACAAACACCGAACACAGAGAGAGAGAGAGACCCCAUUUUUCCCUUGUAAGAAUGCAAGCCCCGUGCAUCUCCCGGCGCUUGGUUCCGGCGAGCCAACGGCUGUCUCCGGUUCCGGUCAUCGGCAUUUCGAGCAGAAGCUCAACUUCGCUUGCAUGUGUCCCUAGAACGAAAUGCUGCUCUCUCUCGAACCAGUCCUUAGCUAAUGAUGUAAAGAAGUUUGAGGAAGCUUCAAAGAAUGGAAAUUUGGUUCCCCUUUCCAAAUGCAUUUUUUCUGACCAGCUCACUCCAGUUCUGGCGUACCGAUGCUUGGUUAAGGAAGACGAUCGAGAGGCUCCAAGCUUUCUCUUUGAGUCAGUGGAGCAAAACAAUCAGGGGCGUUACAGUGUUGUUGGAGCUCAACCAACAAUGGAAAUCGUGGCGAAAGAAAAUAAGGUGACGAUAAUGGAUCAUGAAGAAAGAUGUUUGACUGAGGAGGUUGUAGAGGAUCCAAUGGCUAUUCCAAGAAGAAUCUCAGAGACUUGGAGUCCCCAACUUAUUGAUGACCUUCCAGAUGCAUUUUGUGGUGGCUGGGUCGGUUACUUUUCGUAUGAUACAGUUCGGUACGUGGAAAGAAGAAGACUGCCAUUCUCAAAGGCCCCCAAGGAUGACAGAAAUCUUCCAGACAUGCAUUUAGGGCUGUAUGAUGAUGUAAUAGUAUUUGAUCACGUGGAGAAGAGAGUUUAUGCAAUUCAUUGGGUGAGGCUAGACCGGUACUCCUCAGUUGAGAAAGCUUAUACAGAUGGAGUAAGACGUUUGGAGAAAUUAGUGGCUAGAGUACACGACAUUGACGUCCCAAGGCUGUCUCCAGGUUCCAUGAAUCUACGUACUCGCCAAUUUGGUCCUCCUUUAAAGAACUCGAACAUGACAAGCGAGGCUUACAAGAACAUAGUAAAUCAUGCAAAAGAACAUAUAGUCGCAGGGGAUAUUUUCCAGAUUGUAUUAAGUCAACGAUUUGAACGCCGAACAUUUGCUGACCCAUUUGAAGUUUAUAGAGCCUUGAGGACUGUAAAUCCCAGUCCAUAUUUGACUUACUUGCAGGCUAGAGGGUGUAUCCUGGUUGCUUCAAGUCCAGAAAUUCUAAUGAGUGCAAAAAAGAAAAAGAUAAUCAAUCGGCCAUUAGCUGGAACUUGUAGAAGAGGGAAGACAACUGCAGAAGAUCAAAUGUUAGAAGAGCAGCUACUUGAUGAUGAAAAGCAAUGUGCAGAGCACAUCAUGCUGGUUGAUCUGGGUCGGAAUGACGUUGGAAAGGUCUGCAAAUUCGGCUCCGUGAAGGUGGAUAGAUUGAUGGAAAUUGAACGGUAUUCCCAUGUAAUGCACAUAAGCUCCACGGUUACGGGAGAGCUGCACGAUGAUCUCACUUGCUGGGAUGCCCUGCGAGCUGCAUUGCCUGUCGGAACUGUUAGUGGUGCACCAAAGGUGAAGGCCAUGGAGUUGAUUGAUGAGCUGGAGGUAGCAAGGCGUGGCCCGUACAGCGGUGGAUUUGGAGCGGUUUCCUUUUCUGGUGAUAUGGACAUUGCGCUAGCUCUGAGGACCAUGGUGUUUACAACAGGAUCCCGUUUCGACACAUUGUACUCUUACAAAGAUGCCAGCCGGCGCCGGGAAUGGGUCGCUCAUCUUCAAGCUGGUGCUGGUAUUGUGGCUGACAGUGAUCCCGAUGAUGAAAACCAAGAGUGCCAGAACAAAGCUGCUGGUCUUGCUCGUGCCAUCGACUUGGCUGAGGCAGCAUUUGUUGAUCAAUGAUGUCUGUUUUGAAUCUUUGAUGGCUCAAGUGGAUGGAUCUGUGACCUUCGAAGUGAAGUUCUCAGGCACCCACAGUUAAUGUCAACUUGUCAAGAGAAAGUAUCGUAUACAUAGUUCGUAAUAUGCGUUCAGUAACCAAAGGCAGAACUCUUAAGAGCAUACACAAUCAUGCUCUCUAUUUUUUAGUUUAAAUUUAGCUAAAAACAUAUCAAAGCUA